GGCUCCUCCCAUCCACCCGCGCUCCAGGCACACUCUGGGCUGCUCGGCACGCCCCCUCUCGUCCCGCUGCUUCCCGCGUGGCGCUCAUCCCCGAGGGGCCCCAGCAACCUUUUCCUCGCGAACACUGCACGAGCCCUGCUGGAGAAGAAAAGUGCAGAGAUUGUGGGCGGACCAUGUAAUCACUGAGGAGGGGGAAGAGGAGGGAUAGGAGUUCUCCUGCAAUGAUGGCGCGGCGCGGCGUGGCGACUUGGCUAGGCGGAGUUUCAUUGCUGCUGUGCUUGAGGUCCAUCCUUCUAGCCUGGCGGCCGCGAGUCCGACUCCGUGCCUCCCCGAGGCCAGUAAGGCAGCGAGUGCGCACCCCUGUUCCACUGUGUCACGCCGGCAGCCUGAAGCUAGCAUGGAGAAGGACAGCCUGAGUCGCUCUGAUCACCAGUAUGAGUGCGUGACGGAGAUCGGCUAAGGCGCCUAAGGGAAGGUGUUCAAGGCCCGCAACUUGAAGAAAGGCUGCCUCUUAGUGAAUCUUAAGCACUUGUGAGUGCAGACCAGUGAGGAGGGCAUGCAGCUCUCCACCAUCCGCGAGGUGGCGGUGCUGAGGCACCAGGAGAAUUCCAGCACCACAAUGUGGUCAGGACAGUUCUGUAUGAACUUCUCAUAUCCAGGAAAUGGAGCAAGAGGAAAGCCAAGCAGAAGGCAUCCAUUUCCAGCACCUCAACACCUUUUCACAGGACGGGUGUCUGCUGGGAAAACAUCAUUCCAAAAUUGCAACAUCACUAAUCAUAUGAAGAAUAUGAAUAAACUAGACGAUAUGAAAUUUUAUAUCAGGAAGAUAAAUGCUGAGAGGUUAGAACUUUUUCGAAUCUUGGACAUUGACUUGAAUACUGAUUUGAACUACAGGAUGAACACUGAAUUCACCAUCAUUAAAUCACAACAUGAGAAGACAAUGUUGGAUAUGGAAAAAAUGACACAGUCAAUAAGUGAUACCAUUGAGAAGUACAAGGAAUUCAUAGAAGAUAAGGAUUCCUACAGGUGUGAAAUACUCCAGCAGGAAUUGGAACAUGGAACAGACCAGGACAAGGUCUCCUUUGAAGAUAAAUUCUAUAGGGGGAUCUCUGCGUGUGCAAAGCAAAUACUUCAUCUCAUCCCCAGUAAUCAUGGCUAUCAUCUGCUGCAUUUUCUUCCUUUACUUUUGUUUCCUUGCAAUGAAUAGCCCUUAAUUUCAUCUGGGCUCAGGCUCAGCAAGAGUGAGCAUGUAGAGGGAUUCAGACACGUGCUGAGGCACAUCAAGAGCUGCUGGGAAAACAGGAAGAUUCUGAGAGUGUAAAUUUUUCUUGUCCUUAUAUGUCAUCAAGGAAAAUUAGAAAAUCAUUCUACAAAAUCACAAAGACUUUGAGCUAAAUUCUGUAACAUGUUUUCUGCUUAGUCUUGGGUGUCCAUAUUUUUCAAAACCAUACUCCACAAAAGAGACCUACUUACAUUCCUCUUGUGAAGAUUGUUACCAGAAGUAACUUAUUUUCUACUGUGUUGCCAAGGACAGCCAUGGGCUGUAAGUCUGUGCUGCUAAAUGACAGCCAAAGAAGGCUCUUUAGCACAAUUCUUGCUUUUAGAUUUUGGUUUGAGCUUUGAUUACUUUUGUUCUUUGGUUUUCUUUAGUUUCCUUAGAAGUUUUUUUGUUUGUUUGUUUGUUUCUUUGGUGUUGUUUUGUUUUGUAAUUGAUUUAAUAUUUUGAUAAGGCUAUACACUGUACAUAUUGACUGCCCACUUUUAGUUACUAUUGAGUAAAUUGGAUGUAUUCUUGUGAAUAAAACAGUGAUCUCUAACUCUUCA